AUGGGGAGCAAGGGGUUACACGCACAGCAAGGGGCGCAUGGGGAGCAAGGGGUUACACGCACAGCAAGGGGCGCAUGGGGAGCAAGGGGUUACACGCACAGCAAGGGGCGCAUGGGGAGCAAGGGGUUACACGCACAGCAAGGGGCGCAUGGGGAGCAAGGGGUUACACGCACAGCAAGGGGCGCAUGGGGAGCAAGGGGUUACACGCACAGCAAGGGGCGCAUGGGGAGCAAGGGGUUACACGCACAGCAAGGGGCGCAUGGGGAGCAAGGGGUUACACGCACAGCAAGGGGCGCAUGGGGAGCAAGGGGUUACACGCACAGCAAGGGGCGCAUGGGGAGCAAGGGGUUACACGCACAGCAAGGGGCGCAUGGGGAGCAAGGGGUUACACGCACAGCAAGGGGCGCAUGGGGAGCAAGGGGUUACACGCACAGCAAGGGGCGCAUGGGGAGCAAGGGGUUACACGCACAGCAAGGGGCGCAUGGGGAGCAAGGGGUUACACGCACAGCAAGGGGCGCAUGGGGAGCAAGGGGUUACACGCACAGCAAGGGGCGCAUGGGGAGCAAGGGGUUACACGCACAGCAAGGGGCGCAUGGGGAGCAAGGGGUUACACGCACAGCAAGGGGCGCAUGGGGAGCAAGGGGUUACACGCACAGCAAGGGGCGCAUGGGGAGCAAGGGGUUACACGCACAGCAAGGGGCGCAUGGGGAGCAAGGGGUUACACGCACAGCAAGGGGCGCAUGGGGAGCAAGGGGUUACACGCACAGCAAGGGGCGCAUGGGGAGCAAGGGCACCAAAGAAGAGCACAGUGGCACUGGCGGACAUGGAAGCCAUGGCAAGGAGGUGCAUGGGCGCACAGCACCACAAGGGGCGCAGCGUGGUGCAAAGCGGUGCAUGGGAGGCCUACCACCGAAGAAGCGCACAGCAGCACUGGCGGACAUGACAUGA